AUGCCCAUAAUGUCACGUGAAGAGCUGCUUGUGGUGCUGGAGAAACUUUCGGAGCAGCUGCGCCGGCGUCUGUCGGCCAUGCAUGAGAAUUCCGAGUCGCUUCUCCAGUGGGAGAAUGCUGCGGACUGGGCCGAAGGGCUACCAGCAGCAGCGGCUGAGGCACCCGGGGGGCAGGAGGAGGGAGCACAAACGGAGGAAGGUCAAGGGGAGAGAAUUCGGAGUCAUGCAGGAGCUCUGCAGCAGCUAAGGCAUGCCAGGGAUUUGAAAGGGCAACGCCAGUGGAAUCAGCAACAGCAGUCGUUUGAGAGCAUUGCCUUGGCGGCUGUGUUUGACGGGCUGAGGCGGUUGGCAGUGGUGCAGUGCGGUUGGGUGGGGGAGGAGCAGCUGAGGGCAGUGCUGCGUGCAUGCCGGGUGUUGGUGGAGCUGAGAGUAGAGCACUGCCACGCCAUGUCCGAUGCCCUGCUGCUCUCAUGCCCAAUCCACACACUCACCCACGCCACUCUCAUUGCUUGCAAAUAUAUCACUGCUGCUGGGGUCAUCGGGUUGCUUGCAAGCUUCCCAAGGCUGAGGCAGUUGAAGGUGGAAGCGGAUAAGGUUUCGGAACAGGCUCGACGGAAGUUGCUGCGUGCUGGUGUGGUCGUCAGGGGGGUGUGA